AUGGCCUUCACGCCUCCUCAAGCAGCACCAUUAUGGGAUCACACCGCCGACGACAUCACCGAGUUGACCAAGAAGUCCAUCGACGAGUAUCGCUCGGUUAUGGAUAAAGUGGGAGCCUUGGACGCGAAGGAUUGCAGUUUUGAAUCUGUGUUCGUAGUUCUCGCCAACGCGGAUACUCACUUUGAUAGUGUAACAGAACCCUUGGCAUUCUACCAAAAUGUGUCUCCGGACAAGGCACUACGCGAUGCUUCCAACGAUGCAGAAUCUCUGGUCCGCGAUUUCGGUGUCGAAUCUUCGAUGCGGCUGGAUGUUUUUACCGCCAAGGUUGCUGCAGAGAAGAAUAUCAAGGAAUCAGGCCAAUGGGACAAGCUUUCACCAGAGCAACAACGUCUCGUCGAAAAGAUGAUCUUGGAUGGAACUCGUGCCGGGCUUGCUCUUCCAGAAGACAAACGGAAUGAGCUGAUGGCUCUGAAGAAGGAAUUGUCUCAAGUGUGCUUGGAAUUUAGUAAAAACUUCAACGAAGAGAACGGAGUCAUUACAUUCACCGAGGAGGAACUUAAGGGCGUACCCAAGGACGUGAUCUCAGGUUACACCAAACGCAUCGAAGGCAACAAGGAAGUCUUUGAUGUGACAUACAAAACUCCCGACAUCUUCCCUGUUUUCAAGUUUGCCGAAAACCCCGCAACUCGAAAAAGAGCCCAAGAAGGCCACGAAUCCCGUCUCUCCGUCAACGUACCUCUUUUGGACAAGGCUUUGGAACUGAGACGCAAGAUUGCCAGCUUGCUUGGAUACAAGACAUGGGCGGAUUACAUCACCGAGGUCAAGAUGAUCAAGUCGGGCAAGGGUAUUGAGGAUUUCCUGGACGAUCUCGAAAGUAAACUGCGACCCGUCGGCGAAAAGGAGCUGGAAAUUCUGCUGGCGAUGAAGAGGAGGGAACACGAGGAAAGGGACUUCCCCUUCGAUGGGCAGUUCUACAUCUGGGACUACCGUUAUUAUGAUCGCAAAUACAUUGAGGAGUCGUUGUCUCUAGAUGACAUGCUCGUCAAGGAGUAUUUCCCUGUUUCGGUUGUCGUACCAACUAUCCUCUCCAUUUACCAGAAUCUUCUUGGAGUCAAAUUUCAGGAGCUGAAAGACGCUUCCACCUGGCACCCAGAGGUUCAAGCUUUCUCCGUUUGGGAGAAAGAUGCAAAGAGUUCGUCCGAUUUCAUUGGUUACUGCUAUCUUGACCUCUUCCCUCGCGCUGCGAAGUACUCGCAUGCUGCCGUUUGGCCUAUUCUCUCUGGCCAUGACCGUCCUGAUGGAUCGCGGGGCUACCCUCUGGCGGCCAUGGUCGCCAAUCUGGCCAAAUCAACUCCUGAAAGGCCUGCUCUCAUGCGCCACGACGAUGUUGUUACCUUCUUCCAUGAAAUGGGCCAUGUCUUCCAUGGUCUAUUGAGCAAGACCAAAUUCGCUCGCUUCCAUGGUACUAGCGUCGCACGCGAUUUUGUUGAGGCACCUUCUCAAAUGUUGGAGAAUUGGUGCUGGGAGCCCAAGGUCCUCGAGCAAAUGUCAAGCCACUACGAGACGAAGAAGCCGCUUUCUGUUGAUCUCAUCGAGAAGAUCAUUAAGAGUCGUUACGUCAAUGUCGGCUUGUUCUACCUCCGGCAACUCUUCUUCGCCAAAUUCGACCUCAAAGUGCACACCGACCAGCAGAGCCACGACUAUACUAGACUCUGGAACACACUACGCGAGGAGAUCUCUCUCGUGAAAUAUGACAAGGAAAGUCCUGGUCAAGGUACUUUCGGGCAUAUCACCGGCGGUUACGAUGCAGGCUACUAUGGCUACACCUAUUCCCUUGUGUUCGCGGCGGACAUGUAUGCCACCGUAUUCAAAGCUGGCCCGCUCGAUCCUGUACGCGGGAAAUUAUAUCGCGACAAGAUUCUCCGAUAUGGUGGAAGUCGGGAGGAGCUGGACUCUCUCAAGGACUUUUUGGGACGUGAACCUAACAGCAAAGCUUUCCUCGAGGAACUAUUCGGAACGGUGCCUGCUUCCAAAAGCUCUGAUUUGUGA